CCCUGCAUUGGAGGCCCAGGACGCCAGUCCCAGAGUACCUGGCGGUGCCCUUAGACCUCUGGCCCUGCGGGUGGAUCCGCAUCCUUCUUCUUGUUCUGUAGAGAAGUGCGAACUACAAUAACCAGAAAAGCCGUAACACAGUUGAGCCUAUGAAGGCCCCCAAAAAUGGGUAUUUCCAUUCGUGCGCAAUACGUCAGGGUGGAACUUCCGGCGUCUUCCUCAUGGCGGCCCUUUUGAUUCCGUUCAGAGGCGCUCACUAUGUUAGAGGCUACGGAAAGUCGGGUGUACAGCAAAGUGAUGGGACCAAGGAGACACGAGAGGAGGCGUUGUCACCACUGCAUAAGGAGUUUCAGAGACUCGGCGCCGGCGCCGCACUAGUUGACCCGAGCCACGCCGGACUAGAGGCAGCAGAAACGAGCGCCCCGUUUGCCUGCCGCUCCUGGCCCGGCUCAGCCCACAGGCUCCGAUGGCGGCGGCUAAGCUGAAGGACCCGCCUCAGGGUGAUAUGACCUUUGAGGAUGUGGCCAUUGACUUCUCCCAGGAGGAGUGGGGGCUCCUUGAGGAGGCACAGAGGCUGCUGUUCUGCGAUGUGAUGCUGGAGAACUUUGCGAUCAUAACUUCCCUGGGCAGAUCACAGAGUGUUCAGCACUGUGGAGGCUCAGGGAGACCCAUGAUUGGGACGGAAACAUUGGAUUAAAAAGGAGUGGAGGAGACUGCAGCAAAUUAGAAUGCGUGUGCCUCUUCUAAAAGUGCUUCCACACACACUCCUGUUGUUACCAGCAUGUUGGAUUCAGUGUACAAAGAAACUUGGAACCUCCAGACUUGUGUCCCUGGUGAGAUGAAGAAAUUAACUUCACCCAAAGAAUUUUACUUAUUUUCCCUGGGUUCUGGGGGGUAACCUUUGAAACCUUGGGAUCUCCUGAGUGAUUGGAAUAUCUUUGUUAUUUAUGAGAGGCACUGGGCCACAUUUGUAGUUUAUGCUAAGGAGGUGACUCAUGUUGGGGUUAGCCACACCAGGAAACCCACCACCUAAUAUUACCCUGGCUGCUAGGGCAGGUAGGGGAGCUGGAGAUUGCGUUCAGUCACGUGGUCACUGAUUCAACCAAUCAUGCCUACGAAAUGAAAUUCCAACAAAACUCUGGACACUGAGCUUCCCUAACUGUCAACGCAUUGAUGUGUCAAGAUGACCUGUCCUGACUAAUGGGGAGAGGAUGUGGAAGCUCAUGUUUGGAUCCUCCCAGACCUUUGUUCUAUGUAUUUCUUCUGUAUACUUUCUUGAUGUAAUAAAACUAUAAACCAUUAAGCAUAGCACUUUUCUGAUUUCUGUGCAUCAUUCGCAAAUUAUUGAACCUAAGGGGUAGUGGGAACCCUUGUAUUUGUAGCCAGUUGUUCAGAAGUGCAGGUGGCCGAGAACUCUUGAAUUUGUAGCUGGUGUCUGAAAUGAGGGCAGUUUUAUGUAGGACUGUGUCUAUAAUCCGUGUAGUCUGACCCAACUCCAUGUACUGAAGUAUCAGAAGAAUUGCAUGUGUGCAGCUGUGGUCAGAGCAAAUAGUUUUUGUGGAUUCCUGUAGCCACUGACUGUUCACCACAAGGCUAUUGAUGAACAGGCCGGAAAGCAAGGAUAAAGCUGAAGGAGAUCCUGGAGUCCAGGGAUGUGGCUUUUAUGGUCCAGCCAGCAUUCCUUUUAACUCAGGUGCCAGUGGCUUUCAUUGCUCUCCAAUAUUUGUUGGCUCUCCAGGGCAAGAGGAGAGUGAUGGGGGAGUUAAAUAGAGUUGCCAAACUUGAUUUUCCAAAAACAAUGGAUGGUUUAGAAUUUUAUUUUGAACAAUUUUUUAAAAAGCUUUACUGAGGUAUAAUUGACAUGCAAUUGUUGUUGGGUGCCAUCGUGUCAGUUCCAACUUAUAGCAACCCUAUAUACAACAGAAUGAAACACUGCCCAGUCCCGUGCCAUCCUCAAAAUUGUUGCUGUGUUUGAGCCCAUUGUUGCAGCCACUGCAUCAAACCAUCUCAUUGAGGGUCUUCCUCUUUUUCACUGACUGGCUACAUUAUCAAGCAUCAUGUCCUUGUGUCCAGAGUAAAUGAGAUGAAGUCUGGCCAUCCUCGCUUCUAAGUAGCAUUCUGGCUGUACUUCCAAGACAGAUUUGUUCACUCUUCUGGCAGUCCAUGGUAUAUUCAGUAUUCUUUGCCAACACCGUAAUUCAAAGGUGCCAAUUCUUUUUCUGUCUUCCUUAUUGUCCAAUUUUCAUAUGCUUUUUAAUACUUUAAAAAGGUCUUUUGCAGUAGAUUUUCCCAAUGCAUUACAUCAUUUGAUUUCUUGACUGUCGCUUCCAUGGGCAUUGAUUGCAGAUCCAAGUAAAAUGAAAUCCUUGACAACUUCAGUCUUUUCUCAGUUUAUCAUGAUGUUGGGGAAACCCUGUGGUGUAGUGGUUAAGUGCUAUGGCUGCUAACCAAAGGGUUGGCAGUUCGAAUCUGCCAAGCACUCCUUGGAAGCUCUAUGGGGCAGAUCUGCUCUGUCCUAUAGGGUCGCUAUGAGUCAGAAUCGACUCGACAGCACUGGGUUUGGUUUUGGUUUAUCAUGAUGUUGUAAGGAUUUUUGUUUUCUUUAUGUUGAGGUGUAAUCUAUAAUGAAGGCUGUAGUCUGAUCUUCAGUGCUUCAAGUCAUCUUUGCUUUCAGCAAGCAAGAUCGUGUCAUUUGCAUAUCACACAUUGUUCAUGAGUCUUCUGAUCCUGUUGUCACCUUCUUCGUAUAGUCCAGUUUCUCAGAAUAUUUGCUCAGCAUACUGAUUGACUCGGAAUCGACUCGACGGCAGCGGGUUUGGAUUUGUUUUAUACUGAUUGAAUGAGUAUGAUGAAAGGAUACAACCGUGACACAGACCUUUCCUGAUACUAAACCAUGCUGUUUGGAAUGACAGCCUCUUUGUACAGGUUCCGCAUGAGCACAAUUAUGUGUUCUGGAAUUCCCAUUCUUCGCAACAUUAUCCAUAAUUUGUUAUGAUCCACACAGUCUAAUGCUUUUGCAUAGUCAGUAAAACACAGGUAAACAUCUUUCUGGUAGUCUUGCUUUUAGCUACAUAUUUUAAAUGUACAAUUUGAAGAGUUUGACACACAUAUUAUAAAUCCACGAGCCUAUCAUCAUGAUCAUGAAUCUGUCUAUACCCACAUAUUUACAUCCUUCGAAUUUUUAAAUCUCUUCCUGCCCUCCCCAGCUCUCUAGGCAAGCAUCCAUUUACUUUCUUUAGAAUAGAUUAGUUAGCUUUUUCUAGAAUUUUAUAUUAUUGAAAUCAUAAAAUGUUAAUUUUUUUCUCCCAGUUUCCAUCAUGCAUGUUAUAUUGAGAUUUACCAGUGAUGCUUAAAUGAGUAAUUCAUUCUUUUUAUUGCUGAAUAUUACUUUCUGGAUAUUUCACUGUUUAUCUAUUCAUCUGUAAACGUUUAGAUUAUUUCCCUUUUUUGGCUCUUGUAAAUAAAACUACUGUGAAUAUCUGGGUGCAGUUCUUAAUAUAGAUAUUUCAUUUCACUUGUGUCGAUAACUCUGACUGAAAGGCUUGAGUUACAGGCUAGGGGGUAUUUAUCUUUCUAAGAAACAGCAAGUCAUUUUACUUAUACUUCCAGACAUAAGUAAACCUCUUCAGAAUGCAUUUCAAAAAUGUAAGGGCUCUAUCAUAACCCCAAAAACUUAAUCAUGUAAAAUGAAAUUGUUUUUAAAAUAUGAUCGUUAUGUUAUCAGUGCUGAAUGUUGUUGAUUGUCUCAAAAACAUUUUUGUUCUUUAAGGCAGAUAGAUUGCAGUCAAGAUCCAAAAUAUAUGCUUAUGGCUUUUAGUAGAAGUGUCUUUUGAGUCUGUUGUCCUAUGGGUGCUAUAUGCCUCUUUUUAAAUUUUUAUUUACUUAUUGAAGUUGCUUAGCCUUUUGUCAGUUAGAAUUUGCCAUAUUCCAGAUUAGGCUUAUUGAAUCUCUCUGAUGUCAUUUUUUUAACAUGCUAGCCCUCCUGUGCACUUUAUUUUCGUGAGAUGGGUGGUUGAGAUCUAGUGGACAGGUUUAUGAUGGUGACACAUCUGGAAUCGCACACCGUAUGACUUGCCAGCACUCCAGUGCACAGCCUGGAAACAAACGUAAGUACUGUGACGGGUGUAUGGUGGUGACACUGCAGCACAGUCUAGCAUUGUACACAUGUAUGGGGGACCCUGUGUAACAGGUGACACAACCAGCAUAUGCAAACACAUCAGAGACCUGUGUACCAACACACCACAGAGGGUGUGGAGACACAAAUGAAAAUACUUUCCUGAGACUUAUGAGACAGGCAUGCGAUAGAGAUGCUCCAAGGCCUCGUGUGUGGGGCACACACAAUGACACAAUUCCCGUAGACUAAGUGUAAUGAAGCAGACAACUUGGCUUUCAGAGAACAACUCUGUCUCCCAUUCUGUCAGGAUUAAUAGUCUGUCAGUCAUUGGUUUGGGAGGAGCAGUCAGGCCAAAGCCACCUGCUAAAGAGGUGGGGCAGAAAAGUCAUGGUGAUAUGGACAUGCCAGAGUCAAAGUGCAGAAUCUCAGUGCUGCAGCAUCUUUCCCAGUGUUCACAAUAGUGCCUGGGAUAACUGGAAAGCCUUGGGGACCAGGACAUGCUAGAGUCCCUCAGUAUCUUUCUCAUUGUCCACACUAGUGACUGACAGUUGAAGAUGGGGUUAUAGAACGAAGGGAGCACCCUGAGGGUGUUUAGGAGGAAGACCAGCAGGACACUGGGGCUGAAUUCCUGCAUGUGGUGGUGAGGGCCAGUGAUGCAUUUGGGGUGACUCUGAUGCUGUUGGGGUGCUGGGUAGUGGUAAUAUCAUUUAUGCUAAGAGUGUUCAUGCAGGUGGGAAGUGAGGUUUGUGGGGAAUGGUGUGUGAGGAGGGGCUUGAUCUGGUGGGUACUGGUUAGCAGAUGGUCCAGGGCUCAGCCUGCAGACUGAGAAAGAGAGAAGUUUGGGAGUCUGGACCCGAGUCCCCAGCAGUUCCCCAUGAGGGGACGGCAAGAAGGGAACAGCAUGAGCUGACCCAGAGCAGAGUAAACAUUCCCAGAUCAACUGCUUGGGGCUGUGUACCCUUGUGGAAGUCACUCAGCCUCUCUGAGCCACAGAUCCUUUAAGAAAUAAUGCAAAAAAAAAAACCAAACCCAUUGCUGUUGAGUUGAUUCCAACUCAUAGUGACCUUGUGGGACAGAGUAGAACUGCUCCAUAGGGUUUCCAAGGAGCGGCUGGUGGAUUUGAACUGCUGACUCUUUUUGAUUAGCAGCCAAGUGCUUAAUCACUGUGCCUCUGUACUAGUUGUUUUGGGAAUGUUAUGUGAAGUAACUCUCAGGAGAGUCCGCCAAUAUUGGCUCCAUAUGAAAAGAUGAGUCGGGGCCCUCAGCAUCCCGGAGGUCUGCACAGCACCCUAGACGGCCUGAGAAGGACCCCUCAGAGGGGUCAGCAGAAAAAAGGAGAGGAGGGUGCUUACUGGCCAGGAGGCUGCAGGGAGGGAAGGGAGGCAGUGGCCCUGUGGCCAGAGACUGAAUGCCAGACUCCAUCCCACACCUCGAAGGGAGCUCACAGGCCAUCCAUGUUGCCUCUCUGGACCUGUCUCUGGGUGCAAAACUACGACGCUGCUUUAGCUGAGCCCCUGGGUUCCUAAGGAUGUUAAUGCUCCUGUGUGGUACCAUUUUGGAUGGAGGUGUUGGGAGGGUCUCACUCAUGCUUCUUGCCAAACAUGGGGCUGGCAUGUCCCAGGCAGAGGCAGCAGGACCGCGGGGAGUGAGUCAGUCCUCAAGGUGCAGGCCUCCUGCCUCAACCCCUAGGCUG